AUGUUCGAAUAUCACGAUGCUCCUAUAGGAGGACAUCGGGACCGGGAGAAAACAUAUCUCACGGUGAGUCAAGACUUUUACUGGCCCCGCCAGUAUCAGUUUGUGCGCAAGUACGUUCGCGCAUGCGAAGUCUGUCAACGAGUGAAGUCAAGUCCUUCACUGCGUGCACCUUCACAGCCUCUACCGGUUCCGGCUGAGUGCUGGGAAUCCAUCUCGAUGGAUUUUGUCUUCGGGUUACCCAAAGACGCACGCGGGAAUACGGGUAUUCUCGUAUUUGUUGACAGAUUCAGCAAAAUGGUACACCUCGUGGCUGUACCAGAGACAAUCACGGCAAGUGGCUGUGCUUGUGUCUUUAUUGACACCAUCUUCCGACUUCAUGGGUUGCCCCGUGAACUCGUAUCAGACAGAGAUCCACGCUUCACUGCUGAUUUCUGGCGUUCCGUGUUCAAAUCACUCGGAACGCGCUUGAAGAUGUCGACAUCUGAUCAUCCAGAGUCAGAUGGUCAGACUGAACGUGCCAACCGUGUCCUUGAAGAGAUACUUCGAGGAUACGUACACUCCUUUAAGAGUUGGAGUGAGUUUUUGCCCAUGGUAGAGUUUGCCAUCAACAACUCGGUGCAUGCGUCCACGACACAUACACCGUUUUACGUGAAUGGCUUGCGCCAUCCGCGUGUACCCACCUUUCUAGAGUGUGACUCUGGUUUAAGGGGGGGGGACUCGCGCGAGCAAAAACCGAUUUGGUUCACGCUCAUCACGCUCUGA